GGUAGUACCCCCAGCCCCCGCCCUCCCACGCGUCAGGAUCAAUCCGGCCUCGCGCAUUUGCAUUCGUAUUUUGCAUUCCACAUUCUCCAAUCUUAGCAGUCGUCACCGCAUCCACCAACUGAUCCCGCUUCACGGCCUGCCAGCAUAACUGCAAGCAAUCAUCGAGCAGUCAUGUGCCGGGCACGGUGGUAGUCGCAGGCAGGCAGGGAGGAGGGGGAUGAUCCUUUUGUGCUGCUGCUGAAUGUAUGGCCCGCUGAGUCCUUUUUUGCAUCCAUCGCGGAACCAGGCACAGGUAGGCCACGCUAGCCCAGUCCAGGCCUGCGAGGGGCUCUCGCUGCACAGCGAAGGACGAAGGGACGGACGGAGGACUAGCAGUGAAUAUUGUGGAGAAGUAGGUGGGGCGGACUGGGGCGCCUUCUUGGCUUGUGCUCUGCACACAGGGUGGUGCGGGCGACACGAGAAGCGUGCGUUAGGUGGGGGCUAGGAGAAGAGCGUGGACGGCACCUCUAAAGAACAUGUGCAGUCCAGUGGUGGUUUGUUUAUCAGGCAUUUGGGAACAGUAAAAAUCUUAGGGUUUCACAUGUGCAAUUCGUAUUCUGCCUAUACCUAUUUGCUAUCAAUCCAGAUACAUCCGUUUUCUUCUUGACACGCUCGACUUGGCCCUCCUUGGUCCUCUAAUCGCUAAAUACAAGAGGGCAUCGAAAUGUGCUUCUGAGAAGCUAACAUGUGGCAGAAGAUAAUGUUCGUUGAGGGAAUGGUCGAUAAAAUGACUGGAUGGAAGCACCGGAAUUCUUGGCUUCGAGCUGCAGGAACUAGUGAUAUGCUGAAGGAUGUGCAGAAAAGGGACUGGUAUGCCGUUUGCUGACGGGCUGACGAUCAUUCACCAUGGAUAUAGAAACUAGGAACUUGAGAUAGGGAAUUUGGAAGUGGAUUUCUGGUAACGCAGAGAUGUGAUACUAGUAUCGGAAGCACUCGGUGUAUGGCAACGGACUUAAGCGUGGGGACCUCCAUUGGUACUAGGAGCUUGUAUUGCCCUGGAUGGGCGGCAAUACAUCAUAGGACGUCUUAAGCAGAUAAUUUUAUGGCUCUGGUCGGGGCUCGCCAAGACGGGGCCAUGGUUCGCCUUCUUGGCUACACAUCACGAGAUCCAGAAGACAGUCCGAAGGAGAUUGUGAAAAAUCCUAGUGCCUCUGGUGAUAGCGGUUGGCUUAUCCGCUUCUUUGAUUCCGAGUUUUUCUGUGAAUGGAUAGCUGUGAGCUAUCUAUACAAACAUGAACAUUCAGGAGUUAGAGACUAUUUGUGUAAUCGCAUGUACACAUUACCUCUCUCGGGCAUUGAGAAUUACCUUUUUCAACUAUGUUACAUGUUAGUACGCAUGCCUUGUCCCUCUCUUGAGAGGUACAUUAUUGACAUGUGUGGAAAAUCACUUCGCAUUGCAAUAAAGGUUCAUUGGUUUCUUCUGGCAGAAGCAGAUGACGCGGAAGACAGCACAGAUAUUCUGAAAGUACAGGAGAAAUGUCAGGAUGCAGCGCUGAAUGGCGGCUGGCCUCCUUUGAUCAGACCUCAGAAAAGUGUAGUAAGCGCUAGUACGAAAGGCAGUCGUGUCUUUAAGGCAGUUCUUUCUUCCCGGCGAUUACUUCCGAUAUCAUCUUCUUCACCUUCGCAACGAACACCGCCUUCACUACCUACGCCUAUUGCAGCUGAUGAGGGUUUUCGCGAGACGACACGGGGCAGUGGGGAGGAGACAGAGUCAUCAUUGAAAGCAUUGAAGAAGUUCAUUCCGACCUCAACAUCAAAAGUUCGGAAUGUUCUUCUUAAACCCUUCCGAGAUAAAGAAGAGAAAGAGGACAAAGAGGAUGAUGAGGUGGUUAUUUAUGAUAGGCCAGUGAAGGAGAGCGAUUUAGACUCCAUUCUAAGACGAUCUUCGAAAGAGAUCGAAUCCGAUGGAUUCUUUAAGCGGUUUUUCAAGGACAAAGAUGAUGAUGAGAAAGGCGUUCGGAGCGAGGAAUUGGCAAACCCGGAAGGAUUCUUUCGUAGGCUCUUUCGAGAAAAGUCUGACGGUGAUGACAAAGUGGAUGACGAGAAAGAGGGGUUUUUUAGGAGGAUGAUGUUGAAGAAGCCUGACGAUGAAGACGAGGACGAAAGUUCAGAAUUUACUCUUUUUCGGAAGUUCUUCCGUCAGGUACAUCCUGAAGUCGACAAAAUGAUUGAGGCCAAUCCUGGUCAAGAACACCCUGUUCUGAUCACUGCAGAGAAUGGUCCUGCCCACGAGAAUUUUUUGAAACGCUUUUCUUUGACAUUUAAGGAAGAAGGUACCAAGUUGUUCAGUAUGAAACGAGAUGGUGAGCCACCUGUUGCUCCCUCCUCGACGCCUUCUGGAUUCUUGAGAAGGCUGUUUAAAGAACGGAAUGAUGAAGAAGCAGGAGGCUUGGCUGAUGAGAUGAACUCUCUUUCUUUGAACAGUGAUAAUACGGAUGGAUCAAAUGAGGGCAAUUUCCUCCAGGAUACCUUCCGUGCGUUUCGUGGUAAAGUUCGCACUCAUGAUUCUGAAACUCUUGGGAAGGAGCUUAAUCUUGUGAGGUCAAUGGAAGUUUCUGGUGCUGAACUGCGAUUUGACGUUGAUGCCGAUGAACCUGAGAUGAUUGAGAGGGAAUCCCAAACGGUGAAUGAAAAGCUUUCAACUUCUAGUUGGAAAUUGCCUUCUACAGAUUCAUCAUUUUUUGACCUGGGGAAGUCUUUUAUUAAGCGACCAGGUUCUCCCAAGCGAAGGACAGAGAAGGCUUCAACUAAACCUCCUCUUCCUAAAUAUUCUGCAUCCAACAUGAGAAAGGGGGUCUAUCAGGCAACUUUGGACCUUGUACAGUCUCUUUGUGAUACUUCAUCGGGCUUAGUAGAUUGCUUUCCUAUGGAGGAUCGUCUGCAGGCUCUGCGAGAGUCUGUUGCUGAACUAAAUCAACAACUGGUAGCUGCAGAAAGUGACGGAGGGGUCUGCUUCCCGAUGGGCAAGGGAUUGUACCGAGUAGUUCAUAUUCCCGUGGACGAGUGUGUGCUUCUAAAUUCGAGAGAUAAAGCUCCGUAUUUAAUUUGUAUUGAAGUCCUCAGAUGUGAAACAAAGAGUAGUCAGAGUAAAGAUCAAAAGCAGUUAAGUUCGGGAACAAAGACUGCUAAAGGGGGCAUACCGCUUGCUAAUGGAGAUGCUCAGUUGCAGCGGCCUCCUCCGUGGGCUUACCCUCUUCAACCUGAUGUUCAACAGGCAAAUACGCAGCAACUUUUACGCAGUGCAUCCAAGGCAAUUGAUGUUGCAAUGGCACAUCUUUGGGAGUCCAAAUUGAAAGUUGUUGAUGUAAGCUUUUCGGUUCAAUCCAGGAAGCCACAAUUAGCCGUUUUACAAACGGGAAGUUGUAGCCGAAUUGGAGGAGACGCAGUAGAGUGCCGAAGUCCAUCAACCUGUACUUUAGAUGGAAGUGGCUUGCAGAAUCAUUAUACCUCGUUAAGAGGGGAAGUGGGAGGAGCUACUGAGUUGAAUACGAGGACUCAUGAUAAGCCUAAAGUAAAGAAUCCAUGGGGUAAAAAAGGGAAAACUAGCGCAGAAGAUGAAGAGUGGGUGAGUGUUGUACUAUCUGUGGUGCCAGGGGUGAAUAUGGAGGACAUAGAGGAGGAACAGCCGACCCGUAGUAAAGACCAUCGUCGGGUCCCGAGUACAAUUGCCAUGGCUGAAGUGAAAGCUGCUGUAGCAGAGGGUGAAGCCCCAGCUGGUCUUCCGGUAAAAAAGAGUGGAACAGCACCGACACAAACUGAGGAAAGGUUAGGGGUGAAUGGAAAGGCCACCGAUGCCCUUGCAGGUGAAUUGUGGGAGAAGAAAAGGGAAAGGAUACGGAAGACUUCUAAAUGGAGUUCUAGCCCAGAUUGGGAUUUGCGCUCUAUGAUCGUGAAGAGUGGAGACGACUGCAGACAAGAGCACUUAGCAGUUCAACUUAUUGGACAUUUUUACGACAUCUUUCAGGAAGCUGGCCUUCCUCUUUGGCUACGCCCGUAUGAGGUCAUUGUUACAUCUUCACAUACAGCUCUGAUUGAGACCAUUUACGAUACGGCUUCAAUUCAUUCCAUCAAAAGUAGGAAUAGUGAUGUGACCAGCUUACGGGAAUUUUUCUGCAAGAAGUAUGUUGAGGGCUCUCCUGCAUUCAAACUUGCUCAGAGAAACUUUGUGGAGAGCAUGGCGGGAUAUUCUAUCCUUUGUUAUAUUCUCCAGGUGAAAGAUAGACAUAACUCAAAUCUGUUGAUCGAUGAGGAUGGUCACAUCAUUCACAUCGACUUUGGUUUUAUGCUCUCCAAUUCUCCUGGUGGUGUCAACUUUGAAAGUGCUCCUUUCAAACUUACGCGCGAGCUUCUUGAGGUAAUGGAUUCAGAUGCAGAAGGCACUGCAAGCGAGUUCUAUGACUACUUCAAGGUUCUGUGUAUUCAGGGUUUCUUGACAUGCCGGAAACAUGCUGAGCGCAUUAUUCUACUGGUGGAGAUGAUGCAGGAUUCUGGAUGCCCAUGCUUUAAAGGAGGUCCUCGUACAGUGCAAAAUUUGAGGAAGCGUUUCCAUCUAAGCUUGACUGAGGAACAAUGCGUAUCAUCUGUGUUGGAGCUUAUUGCUAAAAGCCUGGAUGCAUGGCGGACACGGCAAUAUGAUUAUUAUCAGAAGGUUCUGAAUGGUAUUCUUUAGAUUACAAUCAUCCGUGUCACAGCAGGUAACCAAGCCUCCCCUGGUGGAAGGAACUCUCAAUGCUAGGAAUCAGCUUUUUAUGUAAAACCAUAUUUAAGAAUUUGGUGGGUAACCAAUCUGAAUGGUCACCAUUCCCCGAAUGGUAGCUUUCCUUCGCAUUGUUUCAUGAUGAUCUUGGAGGGUAGGGGGCCUCACAGUGCUUCAGCCCAUGGAGGCAGAGUGGAUGUUCGUAAAGAGCAUCCAGAAAGCACUUGUAUUUUAUUAUUGUUAACUAGCCUAUUGCAUUUGGCAGAGAUUGCAAUGUCCUAGUUGUCCGGAUAGAUAGCUAGGUAGACAAAUGGUUCAGAGGGUUUGGAGGGGUUCCCGGUGGAAGAGCAUUGAGAUUAAUGCUCACGAGUUCAUGGUACAAGGGCUCUUCAUAUAGAGCUCUCAUCACAGCAGUGGAUAAUUAGACUUUCAAAAUAAAGUCAUCAUGUUGUACCUCACCCCUUGCAACUAAAAUUUGGGAACACAUUAUCAUGAUCA